AUGGGCUGGAAGUUUUGGAUGGUGUUCCCACCGCUGUGCGUGGCCACUCUGCUCAUAGCACUCGAGUCGACCGUGACGUCGACAGCGCUACCCGAGAUUGCCGCCGCACUCAAUUCGGGCGACAACUACGUCUGGUUCCUCAACGGUUACCUCCUAACAGCAACAAUCUUCCUCCCCCUCUACGGCCAAUUCGCCGACGUCUUCGGCCGGCGCUGGCCGACCAUAUUCGGCGUGGCCGUUUUCACGCUCGGCAGCGGGAUCAGCGGCGGCGCACACUCAACAGGGGCUAUGAUCGCAGGGCGGCUGGUGCAGGGGCUCGGCGCGGCGGGCAUCACGUCCAUGACGCAGAUCAUCGUUGGCGACCUGGUGCCGGCGCGCGAGCGCCCCAAGCACAUGGGCGUCGUGUUCGCCGUGUUCGGCGUCGGCACCACGCUGGGCCCGCCCGUCGGCGGCGUCAUCGUCGCCCACGACUGGCGCUGGGUGUUCUGGCUCAACCUGCCUGUCGGCGCCGUCACGCUCGUCAUGCAGUUUCUGUUCUUGAAGGUCGCCUAUGUCAGGCGCGCGACGUUCCGCGAGCGCAUGCGCAGCAUCGACUGGCUGGGCAAUUUGCUGCUGGGCGCGUCGGUCGUGGCCGUGUUGACCGCGCUGUCGUGGGCCGACGUGCGGUACCCGUGGAGCUCCUGGCGGGUUAUCGUGCCGCUCGUCGUGGGAUUUGCCGGGUUUCUCGGGUUUCACGUGUAUGAGAUGUCGCCAUGGUGUGCGCCGGUGCCGGCCAUUGCGCCGUACAUGUGGGCGAGCCGCGCCAGCGCCGUCGGGCUGGUGCUGAGCUUCCUCCAGUCCAUGCUCAUCUACUGGCGCACCUAUUUCUUGCCGCUUUACUUCCAGGCCGUGCUUCUGGCGAGUCCAGCCAGGUCUGGUGCUCUACUGUUACCGACCAUCCUCAUGGGCAUCCCCGCGGCCAUCAUCGGCGGUGGCUGGCUGUCGCGGUCUGGCCGGUACAAGCCGAUCCAUUUCUUCGGGUUCGCCUCCACGGCGCUGGCGACGGGACUUUACAUUGACUUUGGAAGAGGCUCGUCGCUGGCCAAGGUGGUGCUGUAUCAGAUCGUGUGCGGGCUCGGCGGCGUCCUGCUGUCGGCCAUGGUGCCAGCAAUCCAGGCGGCACACCCGCAGUCGCGCGUGGCGGCGGCGACGUCGACGUGGAACUUUUAUCGCUCGUUCGGGGCCAUCUGGGGCAUCACAAUCCCGGCGGCCGUGUUCAACUCGCGGAUGGCAGCCGAGGUGCAGGCUCGUGUGUCUGACCCGAGGGUGCGCGCGCUGAUCGGGUCGGGCGACGCAUAUGCCCGCGUCUCAAGCGCUUUCAUCUCGUCGCUGCCUGAGCCCGUGCAGAGCCAGGUGGUCGAUGCGUACCGCGAGACGCUCAGGCUGGUGUGGAUCGUGUGUCUGGCCUUUUCGGUGCUCGCGCUGCUGCUCGUCUUUGCCGAGCCCGAGAUCCCGCUAAAGGAGACGCUUGUGUCCGAUUACCAGCUCGAGGAGGCUGAGGCCAAGUAG